CUGGUUCUGGCACCCAACGUUCGGCUUUGCUUGUUAGCCAUACGUAUUGCAUCGUUUCUGCAGCGGCUUCUGGCACUGAACUCGGUCGUUAGGAGACAGACAGAUGGCGGACGCCGCAGUGUUCGCCCCAGCCGGAUCGGCUUUGCCUCCGAGCUUCAAGGACGAGAGCCAAUAUGUAUACUUCCACUCGGGGGCCGAAGCUACAUAUCGGAAAGUGGCCGAGCACCCUUCAUCCUUCACCACAAUCCCAGUCAUCGACUUGGCUGAGCUAGACAGCCCUUCUCUCGAGGCAAGGAAAAGGAUCGCCAAGAAUAUCUACGAUGCCUGCUCUCAAUGUGGGUUCUUCUACAUUGAGAACCAUGGGGUCUCCCAACACAUCAUCUCCGAGACCCUAGGUCUACUUAGGCGAUUCUUCGCAUUGGACCUCGACGCCAAGAUGGACGCCCACGUACAAAAGAAUCCUGCUAUUCGUGGUUACGAGCCAAUGCUUGAGACGAGAAAUGACCCUCGAACCAAGGGCGACAUGAAAGAGGCCUUCACGAUGGGCGACUGCGUGAUAGAACCCGAGCAGGAUUACAUCGGCAAGACGGGCCACGAGCCGCCAUCUCACAUCACCAAGCCGCAGAACAUCUGGCCUUCCAGUGCACCCUGGUGGCGCCAGGGACUGUAUCGAUAUUAUGACAACGUGCUCCCCCUGGCCAUGAAGCUCGUGGGGAUAUUUGCACUCGCCUUCGGCCUGGACGAGACGGCUUUCGACAAGGACUUCCAGUUCCCCAUCACGGGCAUGAGAGCCCUGUAUUACCCACCCACCCCAGCCGAUGACGAGCAGCCCAGCAUUGGACUUGGUGCGCAUGCCGACUUUUCAUGGCUCACGCUCGUCCUGCAGGACUCGGUCCCCGCCCUCGAGGUCCUGAACCAGGACGGCGUCUGGGUCGACGCGCCGCCGAGGCCCGGCACCUUCGUCUGCAACGUCGGCCAGUACCUCGAGAGGCAGUCCAACGGGAGGUUCCAGGCGACCGUCCACCGGGUCAGGAACAGGACGGGCCGUGAGCGGUAUUCCCUCCCGUUCUUCCUCACGCCCGAUCCGGACGUGGAUCUCGAGGUGUUGCCGUGCUGCGUCGACGAGGGUGAGGCUCCCAAGUACGAGACCAUCAACGUGGGUGAUUUGUACAUUAGGAAGGUCUUGCCCGCCAGAGAUAAGCACCCGACCAGUAUCAAGUAUAAGGAUGUGCCUGAGGAGGAGUGGACGUAUGAUUUGUUGCUCACUUGAACAAUUUGGUAUGGGUAAUAAAUGGGACUGAGGUGCGGCUGGGGUGAGAGCUCCUUGCUAACUUGAUUUGGCUCGAGUCAGCUGCAGUCUGGUGUGGCUGUCUACUGCAUGUGUUGUAGCUGGGCGAUAGUGGCGGGGGC